UCACACUGUCCUCCACGUGCAGCGCGUAAACAGCGAAUAAUUUGAUAAUUUAAGCCUUAAAUUCGCUUUAACUAUGGCCGACGAUGCCGGCCAGGACAAGCGCAAGCAGCACCGCGCCCGCCAGUCCGGCGUAAAGGCGGAUAAGAAAAAGCUGAAGGCCAAAAAAGAAUCCAACCAAAAAGAUCCAGAGUUGACCGCUAGGCAGAGGAAUCCCAAGGCAUUCGCUAUCAACUCAGCGCAGCGGGCAGAGAGGAACUUUCGGCGCAAGGAGGACCUUACGGCCAAAAAGCAGCAUAUUCCGGUUGUUGAUCAAACUCCAGACGUACCACCACCCGUCCUGAUUGCAGUGGUGGGUCCGCCCAAAGUGGGCAAGACAACGCUGAUCAAGGACUUGAUCAAGAGUUUCACCCGCACCAAUGUCACCGAUAUUAAGGGCCCUAUUACCAUUGUGACCUCCAAAAAGCGUCGGAUAACCCUACUUGAAUGUAACAACGAUGUCAACUCUAUGAUCGAUGUGGCCAAAUGCGCCGAUCUGGUUUUGUUGCUUUGCGACGCGAGCUACGGAUUUGAGAUGGAGAUCUUCGAGUUUUUGAACAUUUGCCAGGUGCACGGCAUGCCAAAGAUUAUGGGUGUGCUUACACACCUGGACAUGAUCAAGAAUCCUAAGCAGCUAAGGAAACGCAAGAAGGAGCUGAAGCACCGUUUCUGGACGGAAGUCUAUGAUGGCGCCAAGCUUUUCUACCUUUCGGGUCUUCUCCAUGGCGAGUACUUGCGAAAUGAAGUGAAGAACCUGGGACGCUUUAUCUCUGUGAUGAAGUUUAGGCCGCUGCAGUGGCGAGGAGCACAUAGUUAUCUGCUUGUGGAUCGUCUAGAGGAUGUCACAAACACGGAUCGAGUGCGCAGGGACCCCAAAUGCGAUCGGGAGGUUGUACUCUACGGCUAUGUCAGAGGAGUACCAUUGAAGCAGGAGCACAUGGUUCACAUUGCUGGACUGGGAGAUGCUCGCAUCGAUGAGUUGAGCGCCAUACCCGAUCCUUGUCCUCUACCUGGAACAGAAAAGAAACGUAGUUUGUUAGAGAAGGAGCGUUUGCUGUACGCCCCCAUGUCCGGCGUCGGAGGUAUUGUCUACGACAAGGAUGCAGUAUAUAUCGAGCUGCAGGGUUCCCAUUCGCACAAGGAGCAAGAACAGUCCGCCGAGGCUGCCGAGCAGGCGGAACUCGUCAGCAAGCUGAUCGAUAAGAAGGCCACCAUUGAUGAGCAGAUGGAGCAGCAGGAGUUCCGUCUUUUCUCUGAUGCCAUGCCAAUCAAGUCAAAGGAUUUCCGUAAUGAUCAGGACGACGGUGAGGAGGAGGGGGAAGAAAGCAGCGAAGAUGAUGAAGAAGCCGAGGAUUCUGGUUUGGAUGCUGCUGACAGUGAGGAUGAACAGGAUGAGUUUGGUGCUGACGAUUGGCGUGGCGAGAACAGCGAAGAAGAUGAUGAGCAGGAGGAUGCUUCUUCUGGCGACGAGGAGUAUCAAAGUCUGGGGAAUGUAAAAACUGCCAAUGAAUCCGAUUCUGACGAUGAGGAGGCUCGCGUCCUUGCCAGCAACAUGAGCUGGAAGACAAACCUGGCCCAGAAGGCUCGUGACGCUUUCCUUCAACGUCAUUCGGAAUCCAAGAACCUGAUGCGCCUUGUUUACGGUGUUUAUAAUCAAGGUGAACGAAACAGACAAGAGGCGGAAGCAGAAGAAAAUGAAGACUCCGAAGAGGAGCUAGGUGGGCUUUUCCGGGUGGCAGCUAAAAAGCAGACUCAGCAACAAUCGGACAAGGACAUCAGGGAUAAGGACGAGCGAUGUUUCUUCGAGUAUCAGGGUGAUGCCACUCGUGAUUGGCUGUCGGAAGGCAAUAAAGAUCUUAUUAAGAACUGCUUCGUUACCGGCAAAUGGAAGGCCAGCGAGGAUGCAGAGAAUCUGUUAAAGAUGGACGACAUGAGUGACGCCGAUAGCGAGGUAUAUGGGGACUUUGAAGAUCUGGAAACGGGUGAGCAGCACAGUGGCAAACCUAAGACAGACGAAAAUGACGCGGAGUCGAAUGAAGAGAGUUCGAAACCUGGAGAAGCUGGAGCAGCCAAACGCAAACUUACCCGCGUGGAGGAGGAAAACCUCACCAAGGCAGAACUGAUGGCUAAAAAACUAAAGUUAAAGGCCAAGUUUGAUGCGGAGUAUGACAACAGCGGCGAGGGCAAGGGCGAAGAGGAUACCGGACGUAUUACCGGCGAUCACUCAUUCUACGAAGACCUUAAGGCGGAAGCUCAGCGGCAGAGCGAGCUGAAUAAAAGCGAGUUUGCCCACCUGGACAAUGAGUUCCGCAUCCAGAUCGAAGGCUACCGACCGGGUCUUUACGUCCGCUUAGGAUUUAAGCAUCUCCCCGCCGAGUUUGUGGAAAAUUUCGAUGCCAGUUAUCCCGUCCUUGUUGGUGCCUUAAAUAUGACUGAGGAGAACGUUGGCUAUGUCAACUGCAAGGUGAAGAAGCACCGUUGGUACAAGAAGAUCCUUAAAACUGGUGAUCCUUUAAUCAUUUCCAUGGGCUGGCGCCGUUUCCAAACCGUGGCCAUCUAUGCUAAGGUGGAGGACAAUUUCCGUCAGCGAUACCUCAAGUAUACGCCCAACCAUGUCACCUGCAGCAUGACCUUCUGGGGUCCAAUUACUCCACAAAAUACUGGCUUCCUAGCAUUGCAGACUGUGCGUCAGGAUCAGGAGGAAAUGCGUCGGCUGGGCUUCCGGAUAGCAGCCACUGGCUGUGUCACCGAGCUGGACAAAUCCUCACAGAUCAUGAAGAAGCUCAAGCUAGUGGGACAUCCUUUUAAGAUCUACAAGAAGACAGCUUUUGUGAAGGACAUGUUCAACUCUUCGCUGGAAGUGGCCAAGUUUGAAGGAGCCAAGAUCAAAACCGUCUCUGGAAUACGUGGACAGAUUAAGAAGGCUCAUCACACGCCCGAGGGAUCCUAUCGCGCUACCUUCGAGGACAAGAUUCUUAUGAGCGACAUAGUCUUUUGCCGCACUUGGUUCCGCGUGGAAGUUCCUCGGUUCUAUGCUCCGGUGACCUCACUGCUAUUACCGCUGGAGCAGAAGAGCCAGUGGCAGGGCAUGAAGACGUUGGGUCAGCUUAAACGGGAGAGAGCAAUGCAGAACGAAGCCCAGCCGGACAGUAUGUACACGGAGGUCGUGCGCAAGGAAAAGAUCUUUAGGCCACUCAAAAUACCCAAGGCCCUUCAAAGGGCUUUGCCGUACAAGGACAAGCCCAAGCUUGGACCGGAGAACCCCAAGGCGCCGUUGGAACGUGUUGCAGUAGUUAACUCUCCGUACGAGCAGAAGGUGGCCAAGAUGAUGAAGAUGAUCGAGACGAACUAUAGGGCUAAGAGGAAUCGGGAACGCUUGGAGAUGAAGAAGAGAAUCAAGAACUACCGCGAGAAGAAAAGGGAGAAGAUGGCCUCCAAGGAGCGCCGUCAAAAGGAGCUGCGCAAGAAGGUGUCGCGGGCUAUCAGCAAGAUGCGAGGAAAGCAGUCUACUUGAUUGUGUGUUAAGGUGGAGAAGCUUUUUGAAAAUCGUAUGUAUGGACAAUUCUUAGAUAUUUUGCUGUAUAAAAUAUAAUGUAAAAUCUAAAUAAAUCGUUUUUAAAAA